AUGAGUUCUGAAGGAAGUACUCCAACUCCUAUUGUUAUUGAUAAUGGAUCAGGGGUCGUCAAGGCUGGCCUCGCUGGGUUUAAUACUCCUAGUGCCAUUUUUCCCUCCCUGAUUGCAUACCCUAAGGCUGUUAAUGUCCUUAGUCAUGGCAAGAAGACGGAUUAUUACAUUGGUGAGGAAGCAGAAGCUAAGAAAGGAGUCUGUACGAUAAAGUACCCUAUUGCCCAUGGAAUUGUUAGCAACUGGGAUGAGAUGAAGAAGAUCUGGGACUAUACAUACUACAAUGAGCUUCGUGAGGAGCCAUCAGAACACCCUGUGAUGCUCACAGAAGCGCCUCUUAAUCCUAAGAGCAACAGAGAGAACAUGACUAGGAUUAUGUUUGAAGAGUAUGACGUCCCUGCAAUGUUCAUCCAGAUCCAGGCUGUGUUAUCCCUGUACUCUUCAGGGAGAACAACAGGUGUUGUAGUAGACUCAGGUGAUGGGGUGACCCACACCGUUCCCAUAUUCGAAGGCUACCAGAUCCCACAUGCCAUUGAUAAAAUCCUUCUUGCUGGAAGAGACCUUACUGAGUUUAUGAAUAGAACUCUGAAAGACGAGGGCCACUUCUUCGAGACUAGCUCCGAGAAAGAAGAGGUGAGAAAGAUGAAAGAACAGACUUGCUAUGUUGCUCAAAACUUUGAGGAAGACAUGAAGAAGGCAUCUGAAGGAGGGGAAUUAGAAGAGAAUUAUGUCCUUCCUGAUAGGACUAUCUGCAAAUACUCUGUUCCAAGGUUUAAGUGUCCUGAGAUGAUGUUCCAACCCUCUCUUGGAGGUAGAGAUAUCGAAGGUGUUCAUCAACUUACUUAUAAUUGUAUUAUGAACUGCGACUUAGAUGUGAGAAAGGAUCUUUACAACAACAUCAUCCUUUCAGGUGGCACGACAAUGUUCCCAGGGUUCGGGGAAAGAAUCUAUAACGAAAUGAAAGAACUUGCUCCUAAGACUAUGAAGAUUAAAGUAAUUGCCUCUCCUGAUAGAAAGUUUGCUGUAUGGAAAGGAGGCUCAACUCUAUCUCUUCUAUCAACAUUCAGCGGCAUGUGGGUAACCAGAGCAGACUAUGACGAGUUCGGAGAAUCAGUGAUUCACAGAAAAUGAUUCUAA